AUGUCUACUGAAUGGUCUUUGGAUUUCUGUCUGGUCUGUGAUCGUCAGACCCUGGGUAGCGGCCCUUACUGCUCCCAAUCCUGUCGCUUGGCCGAGUUAGAUCGAACCUCCCCUGAAGACGAUCUAUCUCGAAAGCCUUCUCAUUCACGAUCUUCUACUCUUGAAUCUCAACCAGAGACCCGAUCAGCUCGUAGUCUGUCGGCCUCGUCGUCUCAAACAUCGCUCUCUUCCCUUCGGAGCCAUACCUCCAACGCCGCUCUCUCCGGCCAUCUUCAGGAUGAAUUGCGAGACUAUGCCAGCUCAUUUGAUCCCGUUCGUGACCUCAAGCGACGAAUGGCUUCUUCUUAA